CACCAAACAUCAAAUUCAAUUCAAUUGUCGUCUUUGUGUUUUAUCUACAUUGUCGGCUGUUGUGGUCGUCUCGUUGUCGUCAAUUACUCAGUAAGAAUAAGAACAAACAGAAAGUUGCCGGAAUUUGUGUUUACUUGCUCAAAAGCAACUAGAUGGAUGAAAAAACGAAAUAUCCAAAAGAGUUGUAAUGCACAACACCAGAACAAAUCAAGUUUCGGGCGAAUAAUAUACAAGAUCUGUUUUUUUUUUUGUAUUUUUUUUUUGGCUUUUUGUUGCUGUUGUUUGUUUUUGUUCUGUUUCACAUGGAAUGCAUACAAGUGCCAGUGAUAUGAUGGGCGAAACCCACACCAACAAAAUGGAUAACAUAAAGUUCGCCACAACUCGCUCGUAAGCGCAUUAGAGGAUUUUAGGAAUAUGACUCACACGAACCAUUUAACGCUGAUAAUUCAACAUUCAUAACUAAAUAGGCUGGCAAGUUGAGAAUAAUUUGUGAAUGUUGCUGCCUAUUGCUGCUGGAAAAGUCGGGGCCAGCUAAGCUUUUAGAAUAAAAUGAAGAUUUCUGAUUACCACGGACCAGCUUAUCAAAGUCACGUCAUCCCGUGCAAAGGAUGAGGCGUUCAAGAGUUAAUAGCGCAUCAUUAGCAUCAGCAUCAGCAUCAGCAUCAAUCGAGGCCCACACGUUCCUACUGAAACCCCAUCAACAGAAUAUUGCGCGCCUGAACCGGAGCCCGAGCCCGAGCCUGAGCCAGAGCCAGAGCCUUAUUUGGGCCCUUGCCGUUGUCUCCAUAAUUGCAUCACAAGUGCUUUGUGUUCUUGCAGCAUCCACAACUGACUCAAUAUCAACGAUUGGGAUUAAACCGAAUACCAGCACAGAGAAUAAUUUUUAUUUUGAUGAACAGUAUACGACCAAAUCAUUAUCAGUCAGUGCUGCCGAUACGGCAGCCACAACAUCCGACGUCUCCCCAAUGCUAGACGGGAUACCAACGACGACAUAUAAAACUCAACUGGGACACAUUGGACUAGGCAGUGAAGCAUCUAUGAGGAUAGAAGCUGAGAGCGAAUGGACUGCGAAUAGCACAACAGUUAAAAAUGAUAGCACUGCUGCUGCUGGGGUUUAUUUGGCGUCCACGAGACCCGCAACGGCAACGGCAACGGCGACGGCAAUGGCGACAACGACCAAGAAUGUUAGGAGCACAAUUAAGCAACCCAUCGACUCGACACGCUCCAGGAAUCACUGGAACGCUGGCAACUCCGUGGAUGCCGAGCGAUCCCGCACAUUUCGCAGCAAGUAUCAUCAUGAGAACCAUUAUGGACCCUUCUUUGAGGAGCCAUCAAAUCUAAUUGAUCCGGGCAAGACAUUGGUGUCCUCAGUCCAUCUAUUUACGGCAGCGGUGCUUAAUUGUCGCGUCGGCAUGCUCAAGGAUAAAACGGUAAUGUGGGUGAGGCGAACAACUGAGAAGGUCUCACUGCUCACCGUUGGCAAUGUGACAUAUAGCGGUGAUCCUCGCAUUAGCGUCAAGUUUCAGUAUCCAAACAAUUGGCGUCUGAUAAUUAAUCCCACUCAUAGGGAAGAUGCUGGCAUUUAUAUGUGCCAGGUUUCAACGCAUCCUCCGCGUGUCUUUACCACCAAUCUCACCAUAUUGGAGCCACCCUUAAGGAUAAUUGAUGAGCAUGAGCGCGAUGUGGGUGACCGGUAUUACAAGUCGGGCAGCACUGUGGAUCUCCAAUGUCAAAUAUCUCGGAAUUUCUUUCAAAAGGAGCGCCACAACAUAACGGAAUCGAGUAGCUCCAACUCUAAACUAAAUGAUACGGCCAGCGAAUUAUAUCUGAUUAGCUAUGCUAAUCAAACACAUAGCACAUUCUCUAGCCAAGAAUUGGAGAAAUAUUUUAUUAAUUUCAUCACAUGGGCCAAGGACGAGGAGCCUCUUCAAGCACUGACCAAUAGACGUUUUAGUGUAUCCGACAAAUGGCUCAACAGUCGAAUUUCUAUACCAGAUGCCAAAAUCUCAGAUAGUGGAAAUUAUUCCUGCUCACUUGGGAGACUAUUUACUGUACUUGUACAUGUUCAAGUACUUACAGGAGAGCUACCCGCUGCUGUCCAACACAACUUAGCACGAAGAUCUGCCGGCUGCUUUCUGUUAUCAUGGAGUCUUAUCAUCAUUGUGAUUUGUUUUCAUAUUUACAGGAGCCAUUCGUCGCAGUUUCAUGAUAUUCAAAUAAUGAUAGCGAAUUAAUGACAAGGAAUUGUUCUUAGCAUUGAAUCCUGAACCGUACAACAACAUACAAGUACCAGUACCAUUGCAUAGUAUUGCAUAAAACAUUUCGAACAAAUUCAAAAAAUUUGAAUGUGAAUGUGUAUGCUUCAUGCAACUGCUAAUCAGAUUAACUUGUCCAACAAAUAUUCGUAUAAAUCCAUUACGUAUAUACAUACAUACAUACAUGCAAACAGGCAUACACACAUAAAUACAUACAUACAUAUAUGUAUACAUAGAAUUUUCUAUAUCAAUUUACACGACUUUUAUUGAUAUUCUUCUUACUAAAAUAAAGUCGAAAACUUGUUCGUAUAGUUCAAAAAAUCAGUUGAAGUAUUCCGAAAAGAACUUGCCCAUAAUUUAUAUAAAUACUAAAUACAUACAUAUGUUAUAUUACAAAGAAAUUUCAGAAAUUUCUAGAAACAAAGUGGAAAAUCAAAUAAAAUUUGUUAAUAUGUUUGGUUAUGAGUGUAAGUACAAGUUUAACUAUCACUUACAUGAGUUCGGGACAUUUAAUUGUGUGUUUUGGCAAUUAUUAUGUUUGUAAAUAUUGUAAAAUGAUAGACGAUAGGGUUUUACCCUAUCUGAAAUGUAGCCCCUUACACAUACAUAAAUAUUCUAAAUCCUCAUUCUGCUAGCCCAAUUGUAUAGUUAAUCUAUUAAAUUGAAAUUGAUUUGUAUACAUCACUUAGUUAAUGGUAAUCUAUGCGGGUGGAUGAAGGAGGAACUAACAUCCACCAAUAUUGUUAAAUUGCUAUAAUUGUGUAUUGUCAUGUUCAUCCAUGCUAUAUUAUGACUAAAUCAAA